GACGGUAAAAUGUUUAUUGGAGGCUUGAGCUGGGAUACAAGCAAGAAAGAUCUGACUGAAUAUUUGUCUCGAUUUGGAGAAGUUGUAGACUGCACAAUGAAAACAGAUCCAGUUGCUGGAAGAUCAAGAGGAUUUGGAUUUGUGCAUUUCAAAGAUGCUGCUAGUGUUGAUAAGGUUUUGAAACUGAAAGAACACAAGCUGGAUGGCAAAUUGAUAGACCCUAAUAGGGCCAAAGUGGGGAAGGAACCCCCCAAAAAGGUUUUUGUGGGUGGAUUGAGCCCAGAUACUUUGGAAGAACAAAUUAAAGAAUAUUUUGGAGCCUUUGGAGAGAUUGAAAAUAUUGAACUUCCCAUGGAUACAAAAACAAAUGAAAGAAGAGGAUUUUGUUUUAUUACAUAUACAGACGGAGAGCCGGUAAAGAAAUUGGUAGAAAGCAGAUAUCAAAUUGGUUCUGGGAAGUGUGAAAUCAAAGUUGCACAACCCAAAGAGGUAUAUAGGCAGCAACAGCAACAACAAAAAGGAGGAAGAGGUGCUGCAGCUGGUGGACGAGGAGGUACUAGGGGUCGUGGCCAAGGUCAGGGCCAAAACUGGAACCAAGGAUUUAAUAACUAUUAUGAUCAAGGAUAUGGAAAUUACAAUAGUGCUUAUGGUGGUGAUCAAAACUAUAGUGGCUAUGGCGGCUAUGGUUAUACUGGGUAUAACUAUGGGAACUAUGGAUAGCACGGAUAUGCAGACUACAGUGGCCAACAGAGCACUUAUGGCAAGGCAUCUCGAGGGGAUGGCAAUCACCAAAAUAAUUACCAGCCAUAUUAAAAAGGGACGUUGGAGAAAACAGGAAGAGAUUGCUAAAGCAGCCCAU